CGGAAGUAGACGUCGCACCGUGGGUGCAGCUGUGACUACAGAGCGUCCAAGUGGAAUGUACACGAGCGUGAAGUUUCCUAAAGAACUAAAAUUCUGAAAAAAAAAAAAACUUUUCCAUUUUUUGGGUGUAUCUCUACAACUGAAAAGCGCCAUGGCUGCCUCGAGUCUGAUCCAGGACGAUGACGACGAUGGCAUCCACCCCCACGUGGAAGUCAGCGUCACAACCGUCAGCCCUUCCCCGCCCGCUCCGGACGACGUGGUCCCGGUCCGCCCCGUGACCCCGCCUCCAGCCGACACCCCCAAGCGUGGCAAAAUGGGCAGCCUCCUUCAGCAGAACCAGCUGAUCCAGACCCUGAGCAGCGGCCUGAAGCGUCACUGCGACUACGUGAAGAUCUCUGUGCCCGAGGAACGCGGCGACCGUCUCCCCAAGGAGUGGUGGAAAACGGGCGUUGCUUUCCUCUACGCCGUCUUCAACCUGGUCUUCACCACGGUGGUCAUCACCAUCGUGCAUGAGAGGGUGCCCGACAAGUCGGUGAGCCCGCCGCUGCCCGAUAAGUUCUUCGACUACGUGGGCCGGGUUCCUUGGGCCUUCACCGUCACCGAGGUCAACGGGCUGAUCCUGUCGGGACUCUGGCUGGUUCAGUGGCUGCUCCUCAAGCACAAAGCCAUUGUGGGGCGCCGCUGCUUCUUCCUCAUCGGAACGCUCUACAUGUACCGCUGCAUUACCAUGUACAUCACCACCUUACCUGUUCCUGGUAGACACAUGGUUUGCGCGCCCAAGCUGUACGACGACUCGGCGGGAAAGAUCAGGAGGAUCGUUCGGCUAAUCUCUGGAGGAGGUUUGUCUCUGACCGGCUCCCACAUGAUGUGCGGCGACUUCCUGUACAGCGGCCACACGGUUAUGCUAACCCUGUCCUACCUCUUCAUCAAAGAGUAUUCUCCUCGCUGGAUGUGCUGGUACCAGUGGAUCUGCUGGCUACUCAGCGCCUCGGGGGUGAUCUGCAUCCUGGUGGCGCACGAGCACUACAGCAUUGAUGUCCUAGUAGGGUACUUUGUAACCACAAGGCUCUUCUGGUGGUACCACACCAUGGCCAACACGCACGCUCUUCGUCGGGUGCCCAACAACUUCUUAUCUCGAACCUGGUGGAACCCCGUCUUCAACUUCCUUGAGAGGAACGUCCAGACCAACGUCCCCGUCGUCUUCUCGUGGCCGCUGCCGCUACCGUCAUCGUGCCGGCAACGGUACCGGAUCGUGGAGGGAGGAAGGGACGACUGACGAAAGCGCUUACAGACGGUUAGCGUGUCGCGCUAACCGCACAGAUGAGUCAGGUUUUGUGGGACUUACUUGAAAGUACAAAAAGGUCACUGUGAAGUUUGUGAACCAUGUACAUAAUAUUUGUUGUUCACUUGUAAAUAACUAUAUCACGAGUAGAAGAGUAGUUAGAAGAAUAGAAAGGUUGUUGAUGUCGUUCCUUACUUUGAGUGUCAUAAGUGGCAAAAUGCAAACGUUACUGAAUGGUCAAUUUUUAAUGAAACGGUUCGUCUGUCAUUGUUAAUAGUAACCAAUGAGUAAAAGUAUGACAACGUGAAAACCAAAGGUUUAUUUGUUCCUAGUUGCAUGAUAAUUUGGAAAAUAAUGUAAAGGUUCUGUCUGCUAGCAAAAAGUAUGGAAUCACCAGUCU